CUGGGCUAGGUGGAUCCAGGUGGGCAUGGGCUCUGGGUGGGUUUGUACAGCCUAUCUAGGCCCCAUGUGUAGAGUACAACCCAGAAACCCACAAACUAAACUUUCUGGUUUCUAGUUCCGCGUGAUCAUGUGCUCUUUGGGAAAGCAUUGCACUGUAACUGUAUGAAGGUACAUGUCCUCCUAGUCCUUGUCUGUUUAAUUAAUUAAUUAGUUUACUCCGUGCACAGUCUAUUACACGAGUCUUUAUGCAGGCUUCUGUUGUUUAAAACAGCUGAAUGUUUUAAAUAUGUUCAACGCAGUCGAGCCUGUUGUGGUGACGUAGGGGGCCUCUUGGCUAUCCAAUCAGCUGCUUGUGCGUUUCAUCCACUAACCAAUCAGAUGCGUUGGCUAGCAUAUUAGCUUUAGCAUCGCUGCUAGUUUAGCCGGGAUUUCAAUGCAGACAGUAUGUUAGCAGCAGCAUUUUGUUGUUCUGCUCUGUUCACUGUUCCUAAAUCAGUACAACGGAAAGGCUUAGUAUUGUUAUAUGUGCCUCAGCGCGGAUAUAGGCUCGCUAUCCCCGCUGCUCUGCUCUGAUAGCUACAAUAGCUUUAGCAUCGCUGCUAACGCGAGCCUGUUAGCUUAGCUGGUUAGCAUUGUGUCGCAGGUCAGAGUUCAGAGUUGAUAUGAGCUCAGCGUCACUCUGAGCCGCUCAGCGCGGGGGAGAGGCUAGCGGAUACCGGCGGCGUUAGGCUGGAGCUAGGCUAGCUGAACCAGAUAUGGAAGGUCUACCAGAGAUCUGAGCUGUUUUACCUACAGUAGAUCAGGUUUAUCUGCUGUGGGCGAUAUACCGAGCCUGGGAGCGGUUUAAUGGAUCGGUUUGUUGGAUCCGUUUAACUUAACGUUAGAUGAUAAGUGUGAGGAACAGUUUAGAGGAUCAGUGAAAUGGAGUAGUUUAGAGGAGCAGUGUGAAGAUCAGUUUAGAGGAACAGUUUAAUGGAUCUGUUUAGAUGAUCAGUUCAGGGGAGCAGUGUGAGCAUCAGCGAGUGAGGGCAUCUGAGGUGUGGAAUGGCUGGGCUGUGUGAAGUUUAGAAUUUAGUCUUCUGCUUAUGCUCUCCUGGUCUCUCAACAUGAACAGGAUUCAGCUGAAACGCUCCAGGAUCUUGAGGAUGGCUCUGAAUGACUCGGGUCCUGCGGAUCAGGAGGGCAGGGAGCCUUUCUUGGUCCGGGCGGUGAAGAUAGCCCUGGUGGUGGCUCUCUACUGGUUCGUGUCCAUCACGAUGGUGUUCCUCAACAACUACCUGCUGGACAGUAAGGACCUGGACGCCCCGCUCUUCGUCACCUUCUUCCAGUGCAUCGUGUCUGUCUGCCUGUGCGGGGUCAUGAACGUGCUCUCCAUCAUGUACCCAUCCUGCGUGGACUUCCCCUCCAUCAAAGUGGACCUGAAGGUGUCCCGGGAGAUCAUGCCCCUGUCCGUGGUCUUCAUCUCCAUGAUCACCUUCAAUAACCUGUGCCUGAAGAACGUGGGGGUCGCCUUCUACACCGUGGGUCGGUCCCUGAGCACGGUCUUCAACGUGCUGCUGUCCUACGUGAUCCUGAAGCAGACCACCUCCAUGUACGCGAUGCUGUGCUGUGGGGUCAUCCUUGGUGGUUUCUGGCUCGGUGUGGAUCAGGAAGGUGAAGCGGGCUCCCUCUCGUGGUCCGGUGUGUUUUUUGGUGUUCUUGCCAGUGCCUGCGUCUCCCUAAACGCCAUCUACACAAAGAAGGUGAUGCCAGUUGUGGACGGAAGCAUCUGGAAGCUGUCCUACUACAACAACCUAAACGCCUGCGCCCUGUUCCUACCUCUUAUGAUCGUGUUCGGGGAGUUUGGACGCCUGGCUUCGUUCUCCCAGCUAUUGAACAUGAACUUUUGGGGUAUGAUGGUGGUGGGUGGAGUCUUUGGCUUUGCCAUUGGUUAUGUUACAGGCCUGCAGAUAAAGUACACCAGUCCGUUAACGCACAAUGUGUCUGGCACAGCCAAGGCGUGUGCUCAGACUGUGCUGGCAGUGAUGUAUUACCACACCAGCAAAAGCGGACUGUGGUGGACCAGUAACCUAAUGGUGCUGGGAGGAUCUUCUGCAUACACGUGGGUCAAAGGCCUGGAGAUGAAGAAACCUUCUCCUCCUCCUCGGGAAUCUUCAGAAGAUGAAGAGAAGCUGUUAAAAGGGGACUCUGGAGUGUAAAAGAAAGAAAAACUCUCUCUUUCGUGCUGGAAUGUAAAAAAGAAACGUAAUGUUGUCAUCAAGAUGAUGAUGAUGAUGAAGAUGAACUUCGCUGUUUGGCGAAAAGGGACCAGUGGGGAAAAACAGUCCAUUUGGAAAAGAAAUUAGAAUCAUAUAUUUUUAAGAAAAGCUCUAGCAUUUUUCAACCUAUGUCAAUGUCUUUUCCUGCUUCUGUACUGUACUGUUGAAACACAGACAAUUGUUUCAGCACAUUUUACAAUAUAUAGAGCUGCAAGAACUAAAAGCUUGUUUACUUUAAACACAUAUGUAUGAUGGAAGUCAAUGAGCAGUUAGUCGAUAUUUUACACAAAUUAACCUGAGGAAUAUUGUGGCUGUGAAGUGAAGUACACAAUAUUAACAGCUGUUACUCUCAAAAUGACCGAAUGCAGUUUUGGAACAGUCACUGUGUUAGUGGUGUACUAUAUCAUCACUGUUAUGCAACAACCAUGUGUCUCUAUUUUUUUGUUUUACACUUAUAAAUCUUGUAGGUGUUCUUUAUAUUGUAUUCAAGUUUUAUGUUUAAUGGACCAAUAAUCAUUUUUUUUUUUUUUUUUACAUUUUGGAGACGACAACAAAAUAAGGGCCAACUUUUUAGUAAAAAUUCAUGAAUCAGUACUUUCCCAUUAUUAGCUUGCGUCAGCCUUCGCCAGUCACAUAAACAGACCAUAGCAUUGGUGUUUGUGCGAGACAACAUGCAAAAACAGGGAAAAAAAAAGGAAAAACUGACUAGGCAAGAUGCUAGAUCCAGUGUCUGAACCUGCAGUUAGUGUUUCUGCUGGAUAAUGAGCAGCAGCAGCAAACACAAUACAGUCUUGUUUUUAACUGUACAGGGCUGCUGCUAUUUCCUCAUUCAGUUGCUGUAGUGACAUACAGUAUCUAACAAAUGAGCACACCCCUCACACUUUUGUAAUUAUUUUAUUAAAUACUUUCAUGGGACAACACUGAAGAUAUGACACUUUGAUACAGUGUGAAGUAACAGUGUAAAUAUACUGCUCCUUCAGAAUAACUCAACACACACAACCAUUAAUGUCUAAACCCCGACAACAAAACUGAGUGAAAAUAGCCAAAUUAUGGCCAGUUUGCCUCUUUCCUUCCCUGGGCUCAUGUAACUUGUUAGUGUUACAAGGUCUAAGUUGUACAUGGGGCACACGUGUGUUAAAUUUGGUGUGAUCACUUUAUUUCACAUUUUAAUCUGGACGCUAACUUAGGCUGUGCAAUUAACUGUAUUUUUAACGUUGCAAUAUUUGUUUGCAACAACAGAGGGAGAUUGUAAGAUUGUAAUCAUGUGACAUAACUAGACUGAAGGUAGAGCGAGGUAGAGGUUUAUAGUGAACACACAAACCAGACUUCCUCGUUCCUAAUGCUGAAAAAAAUCAGAUCUAAAAUUGAUAUCAAGAAAUCUUAACGGUAUUAUCACACCACACAUUUUUUCGAUAUUGUGCACCCCUAUUGCCAACAUGCUCAGAAACCUGUAAUAACCCUGCGCACAACACUGUGCUCCUCACGAUUUACUGUUUUCUUUCCUGAAAAAACACUUCCUCCUCUGUUGCACACAUUCCAGCUUUAUUUACAGGCAUUUUUUUUCACACGGAUGUGUACUGACUCAGCAUCUAGCCAUUGACUUCCAUUAAUCUAUGGUUUUUGUGGGAUUUCUCAGUGUUUUCAGUGAAACAUGUUGAUGUUAUUGUCUGUGGGAAUCAACUGUAUAUUACAAGUGCAAUAGAUAGAAGUUCCGUUGGUUGAUAAACAAAGUUUUGGGUUUAUUUGUUUAUAAUAAACCAGGAAGAUCCAGUACUGGUGCAAACUUUAGUGAGACUAAUGUCUCAUAUACUGGGUGUUAAUGUUAUCUUUAAGUUAGUCUAUAUGGGUUUUGCACUACAUGUGCGUGUGUGUAUGUGUGUUUUUGUGUGUAUAUUAUUUGACCACACUUGAACUGAAAACCUUAUUUUUUCUUAGUAAAGUAACUUGAUUUAAAAUGCCUUGUAAUAAGUAUAAUUAUUAAAUAAUUUUUU